CGCAGCAGUGAAGACUAAUGUGUUUUUAUCAGGGGGAGGAAAAAAAAGCUCUCUACCCCGCCCAGCCUGUCAACAGCGGCCGCAGCAUGUGGGUCCUCACACCCCAUGGUUCAGACAAUAUGUGGACGAUAUGGACAAUAGGAUCACGGUAGGAGGCCAUAACAUCACGUAAAGUGAGGAAAUCCAGCUGUGUGCUUGUGUAUCCAUGCACGUGUGAAUAUAGUCUGUGAAUUUUCUGCUUGUGUGUGUGAGUGUGAACGUGGGACGAUGCCGGGUGUUGAGAAGAACUUGAUGGUGCAGCGCAGCCUCACCUUCGCUACAGGUCUGGUGGAGUGCCUGUGUUUUGCCGGGGCUGUGUUCGGAUGGGCUUCGCUUGUUUUUGUUCUCAAGACGGAAGGAUACUUCAGCUCUCUGUGCGUCAACGUCACACAAGUCAAUGGCACAGCUUUAGAUUGCAGUGGACAGGAUGAACAGUUCUCGCUCGUUUUCACCAUUGCCUCCUUUAUGAAUAAUUUCCUCACACUACCCAAUGGUUUCCUCUUUGAUCGGUUUGGGACCACCGUGGCUCGGCUCUUUGGAAUAUUUCUUUACACCAUGGGUACCUUGAUGGUGGCCUUCUCAUCCUCAGUUCUGUCCAUCCUGCUCUUUCCAGCUCUCUCCCUCCUGGCUGUGGGAGGCAUAUUGUUCCUGAUGACAAACAUGCAGGUAGGGAAUCUGUUCGGCUCUCAUCGCUCCACCAUCAUCACUCUCUACAACGGUGCCUUUGACUCUUCUUCAGCACUCUUCCUCAUCAUCAAGUUGUUAUAUGAGUCUGGCAUCUCUCUCCGUGCCUCUUUCCUGGUUCUGUCCGCCUGCAGCGUCAUUCACUUGCUCAGGACUUUUGUCCUCCUGCCCAAAAAGUUUAUUCCCUACCCACUGCCUGAAGGCUACACAUACGGGAUAAUCUUUGGUAAAUCAAAGAGGCCAGAGCAGACAGCUGCUAAUGGUAAUGCAGAGACAACAGUAGAGGAAACGCCGCUCAAGAGGGACGUCCCUGUAAAACAAGAGAAAAGUUUCCGUGAGUGUUUGCUGUCCAGGUUAUUCUUGUGGCACCUGGUCUGGUUGUCGGUGAUGCAGCUCAGACAUUACCUGUUCAUCGGCACACUCAACCCCAUGCUGCAGCGGCUGACAGAGGGAGAGCCCUCACUGGUGAGCCGGUACAUCAAUGCGUUUGCUUUCACCCAGCUGUGUGGGGUGCUCUGUGCUCCUUGGAACGGCCUCAUUAUGGACAGACACAAGGGGAAACCCCGUGCUGCAGGAGAGAGUGAACACGAGGCAGACCUGCGGGCUGCAGUGCUUUCCCUCUUCCUGACGGCGCUGCAGUGCGUGCUGUUCUCAGUUAGUGCCUCCACCCCGUACCUGCCGCUGCAGUACCUCACCUUCAUCCUGCAGGUGGUCAACCGCUCCUUCCUCUACGGCGGCAACGCAGCCUUUAUCAGCAUUGCUUUCCCAUCAUGUCACUUUGGGAAGCUGUACGGUGGGGUCAUGGCUUUGUCUGCAGUGUUUUCAUUGCUGCAGUAUCCCUGCUUUGCCCUGGUGAAAGGAGCUCUGAAUGGAGAUCCUUUAUAUGUAAACAUCGCUCUGACGGUGCUCAGUCUGCUGGCCUUCAUCCAUCCCCUCUCUGUUUACUUGCACUGUCGAAGCCUUGCCUCUCAGCGAGCUAAGAGCGUAACUGCCUCCACUUCAAGUCUGUAAAAUGAGAUUCACUCUUAAAAUGUCCUUCAUGUCACCAUUGACACUAAUACCUCUUUGUCUGAUUAAUAGUGCUUGUGUUGCUAUGUGUUGCCCAAUUGUGGAGUAACAUGAAGUGCUUUCAAGUUGAUUUAAGAUCACAGUUAAGUGUGGUUUUGUGUGCAGUCAUAGUACAAUUGCCACACUCUUCUCUGAGCAUGUUCACAAUCAAAUUGAAUGUAUACAUAAGAAUGACGAGCUUCUGGGCGCUUAAUUAUCAAACUACUAAACGUAACAUUUUGGAUUUGAAAGAUAAAGUCAUAUUCUGGUCUACUGUUAGUGAUCUCACCUCACUUGUUGAUCUGUCCUUCCCACUGCAGCUUGCUAAAUUCCCUAAAAACUGAUCGUGGAGGUGGCUUAGCCCCCAUUUUUAAAAACUGUUUCAAAUACUGAUCACAUGACAGUUGUCUUUAAAAGGUUUACACUAUGCUGUAAGAAGGAGUAAGUCACUUGAUGAAAGUAUCUUCACACUCAGCCAAAAGCAUUUUUACUCUUAAAUUGGUUCAUUAGAGUAUUCUUAAAUGUAAUUCGUAAAAGUUUGUUAAACAUGGUUCCUGAUGUACAAUGAGCAUAAACUCCAGCUGUUGUCAAAAGUUCAGGAUGCAAAAUUGUCUUUAAUAUAAACAUUUGUGUAUCACACACAUUACACACAUCAAACUGAUUUACUCUUUAAAUACAUAUCAAACAUGUGUUGCUGAAGGGAUCUUUAACACCACUUUAACAACACUGAGCUUUGUUUGUUGUCUUUUUUUUGUUUGUAAAAUUACACAUAUUGGCUGCUCUAAUUCUUUGUUGCCAUAGGAUGGGAUGUGUCUUAUGUUGCUUUUUUAUUUAAUCUCAUAAUGUAACAUGCAUUCUUGCAGUUUUAUGUACUAUGUGUAAAACCAGCUGCCAGCAGCAUAGCCAGUGCCAAGUGAUAAUGCACUUUAUUGAACACAGCUGAAAACAUGAUGUUUAUUACAUUUACAUUUAGUCAUUUAGCAGAUGCUUUUAUCCAAAGCAACUUACAAGGGAGAAUAACAUUCAAGCUACAUUGCAUCACUUAUAUCAGUGAGGACCUCUUCAAGUUGUCUAUAUCUAUAUUUGUAACCUUAAAACAAUAGUAUACGACUGUAGGAUGCUGAUUGUAGUGACAGUGUGAGGGAUAUUUACAAGUCAAAAUCACAAAUAUCAAUCUGUGUUGUUUUAAUUAAAAGUAUCAGUGAUUUGCAGCUGCAAAAACAUGUCUCAUCUUCGACAUGAACAAAUCAGUGAAGCUUUACUGCCAGAGCAAUAGUCCUAUUUGCUCACUAACAUGAUGUCUAUGCACUGUUAUCAUGUGAGUUCAUCAGAUUCAUCAGUGCAGUUCAGUUUCAGCACUGUGAGGAAAGUGCAGCAGGCAGCACAGCUCUGCCAUCUGUUGGCCUCACAGUGACCCUGUUAGUCACCAUUGUGCCAAAUACUGUCCAACAGUAAUGAGCUCACUUUAUGUUUUAGUUGCCUCCAAUAUAUGAAGUCUCAGGUGUGUAUCUGAGUAGAAUUUGGUGUCAUGAAGGAUUCAGAUUUCAAGUGGAAAGGAAACCAUAACUGUGUGAAGGAUUAUAAAGGGAAAUAUGUCGCCUACAGUUUUUACCAGUAAGUUUAUGUUUCAGGUAGACAGUGUAUUUUUCUAAAGUGCCAGGAUUUACACGGUGUUAAUGUUGUUUCAUUGCCACUAUAAAUAUGUUCAUUCUGAAAUGUAUAUUUUGAUAUGAACUUGUCAGUGCAGCAAAGUCUAAUGUAAUUACUUAUUUUUAUUUUUGCCCACAAAAAUGUUUGUUUUCAAUUAUUGUGAGAAUAAAUGUAUUUUCCAGCAACUGUGAAUUAAAGGUGAUAUAGAAAAUGCAAUUAUUAUCUUGCAACAGAUAUUUAUGAGGACCAUACUGUAUGUUUUACACUCUGACAUCAAGCAUCUGACUACAUAAAAUUAUAUGCAAAUGAUAA